CUUUGAUUUAUUUGUUAUGUUGUAUAAAUGAAACGAAACGAUUAAAUUGAUACUAUUUUUACCUUUAGGACGGCCAGUCGUUGGAAUUAACGCAAGUGAACGAUAUCAGGCAAGGCGGAAUACCAAAGGAUCCUCGUCUGCUUUCGGAACUUCAAUGUCGUUUUAAAGGCAAUUUAGAAGAUAUAUCGUUAACAAUAUGUGCGGGAGCGGAUAUGGUUAACAUCAAUUACACUCACAUUGUGUGUCCGGAUGAAGAAAUAGCAAAGACAUGGAGGGAUGUUUUAAGGCGUAUCACAAAUAAUAACAAAGCCAAUAACAUUUGUCCAAUGACGUCGUUAAAGAAACAUUGGAUGAAGCUUUGUUACUCUGUGGAUCCAGACGGUAAAAUACCGGUGAGGAGGAUUUCGCAGACUUUCGCUUCUGGGAAAACGGAAAAAUUGGUUUACCAAUGUCUAGGUGAAAUAGGACUACCAAACGACAAGAACGAUGUUAUAGAACCUCGCGAUUUUACAUUCGAUAAAUUUUAUCAAAUAUAUCAUAAGCUAUGUCCUAGAAACGAUAUCGAAGAACUCUUUCAAUCUCUAACUCAGGGUAAAACGGAUACUUUGAGCAUGGAACAAUUCAUUACUUUUCUAAAUCAAAGACAACGAGAUCCAAGAUUGAACGAGAUUCUUUAUCCUCUUUACGAAGAGAAACGUGCCAAAGAAAUAAUCUUGAAUUACGAACAAAAUGAAGAAAAUUGCAAAGAUAGUAAAUUAAGUCACGACGGUUUAAUUCGCUAUUUAAUGUCGGACGAUAAUGCGCCAGUUCUGUUAGAUCACCUCGAUAUUUAUAUGGACAUGGACCAACCAUUAUCUCAUUAUUACAUUAAUUCCUCUCAUAAUACUUAUUUGAGUGGUAGACAGUUUGGUGGCAAAUCGUCGGUCGAAAUGUAUCGCCAAGUGUUAUUGGCUGGCUGCAGGUGCGUCGAAUUGGACUGUUGGGACGGUAAGGGAGAAGACGAGGAGCCUAUUAUAACGCACGGGAAGGCUAUGUGUACAGAUAUCAUAUUUAAAGAUGUUAUUUACGCUAUUCGCGAUUGUGCAUUUGUUACAUCCGACUAUCCAAUAAUAUUGUCUUUUGAGAAUCAUUGUAGUAAGAAGCAACAGUAUAAAUUAGCCAAAUACUGCGACGAUAUUUUAGGAGAUCUUCUCCUGAAAGAACCUCUUCCUACUCAUCCCCUGGAACCGGGAAUACCUCUUCCUAGUCCUAAUGAUCUCAAGAGAAAGAUCCUUAUCAAAAACAAAAGACUUCGUCCCGAAGUAGAAAAACAGGAGUUGGAAUUAUGGAAAAAAGGCCAACUUCAGAACGACGACGACGACGACGACGACGACGACACCACGACGUCAUCACCCAGUGUCGCCAUGUCGCCUUCUGAUGAAGUUCCCAACGAAUCGGAAAGAAAGGAAGCUUCUGCCGAACAGUUAGCCAUGGCUAAUUAUCAAUACACGGGUGCAACCAUCCACGUUCAUCCUUAUUUAUCUGCGAUGGUUAAUUACGCCCAACCCAUCAAGUUCCAGGGUUUCGAGGUAGCCGAAGAAAGAAACGUUUAUCAUCAUAUGUCUUCAUUUGCCGAAAACGCCGCUUUGGGUUACCUUAAAUCGCAAGCCAUCGAAUUUGUCAAUUACAACAAAAGACAAAUGAGCCGAAUAUAUCCGAAAGGAACUCGAGCAGAUUCUAGCAAUUUUCAGCCUCAGAUCUUUUGGAACGCUGGCUGUCAAAUGGUAGCUUUAAAUUUUCAAACUUCCGACUUACCUAUGCAAUUAAAUCAAGGGAAAUUUGAAUAUAACGGAGCUUGCGGUUAUUUGUUGAAGCCAGAUUUUAUGAGAAGACCAGACAAGACGUUCGAUCCUUUCGCCGAAUCGCCGGUGGACGGUGUUAUAGCGGCUCAGUGUUCGGUGCGCAUUAUAUCCGGGCAGUUUCUGUCGGAUAAGAAAGUAGGGACUUACGUGGAAGUGGACAUGUACGGAUUACCCACCGACACGAUAAGAAAAGAAUUCCGAACUCGAAUGAUACCUUCCAACGGAUUAAAUCCUGUUUACAACGACGAACCUUUUGUUUUUCGUAAGAUCGUUUUGCCCGAUUUAGCUGUGAUUCGUUUGGCCGUUUACGACGAAAACGGCAAACUCUUGGGGCAGCGAAUACUUCCCAUGGACGGUCUGCAGACGGGUUAUCGUCACAUCGCUCUGAGGACCGAAGGAAACUUUCCCAUGUCGCUAGCCAUGCUCUUCAUUUGCAUCGAACUGAAAAUCUACGUACCCGACGGAUUAGGAGAUCUGAUGGACGCACUAUCGGACCCGAGGGCGUUUCUAUCGGCCCAAGAGAAGAGGAUCGCUCAGAUGAAGGCGAUGGGAAUCGAAGAAUCGGACAUAAUGACCAAAGAAGUGAAGACCGACGACAGGUCCUUCAGCGCCAAGAAGGAAGAAGAGAAAAAAGACGAGUUCGUAAUGGAUUCGAUAACGCUGGACGGACUGAAGUACGAGAAACCCUACGUGAAGAUGGUGAAGAAACACCAGAAGGAGGUGGAAAGUCUGAGGAGGCGUCACAACAAGGAAAAGACGGCCAUUCAGAAAAGACAGUGUUCGGCCAUCGACAAGCUAGUCAAGGGAUGCAAAAAGGACGAUCUGGUAAACGAUCCGCGCAUUCGAGAGUUGGUCGUAGAACAGAUCAGACAAUGGUCGGAACUGUUAGAGAGACAGAGAAAGGAAGAGUGGGAAGUGUUGAAGAACCAAACCUCUCAACAAGGUGACUUAUUAAAACGUCUUCUGGAAAUUGCUCAAACGACCCAAGCUAAACAAUUGGAAACGAAAUUUGACAGAGAGAACAAAGACAUGAAGACCAAACAGGCCAAAAUAUCCGUGGAGACCGCCAAAGAGGUGGCCAACGACCGAACUCUCCGCAACAAAGCCGAAAAAGAAAGGCGACUGAGGGAAAAAAACAGCAACAACACCAAAAAGUUUAUCGAAGAGAGGAAGUCGGCGGCCGUCAAACAGGGAAAAGAGAGAGAGAAACUGCAGAAGAUACACGAGAAACAGGUCCAGGAUCUGAUGAAAGACACGCAAACGACGAUCGAGAUGUACAAGAACGCGGAGAUCGAGUAUCGACUGGCGGCCAAAAUGGAAUGUUUCAUCUGAAGCUGCGGUUAAGGGGCGGAAAAGAAGGAAGAAGUUUCUCUGUAGAUAUUAUAAAUAGAUAGUCGAAUACGAAGCAUCCGUAGAAUAUUCCAUUAUUUUUAUUCAUCGUCCGAAGAAACAAAUUUUACCUUUACAAAGAAUAAAUCGUCUAAUUUUGUAAACUUCGUCGGCAGGCGGAAGAGACGGAAGGAAGUUUUUUUUAAAAGAAAUUAUCGGGUCCGAAGGAUUGUAGGAGACUGUUUAGCCUUCAUUAAAAAACGAUUUCGUUUGUUCGAUUA